AUGUGUAAAGUAUGGAAACUGAAGUUGCUAUUUCUUAUGCUUCAAUUAUUCCUUUUGACUCAACAUAGUGUUGAAUCAGCCUCUGUGAUUAGCUAUCUUCCUGGUUUUGAGGGUCCUCUUCCUUUCCACCUUGAAACUGGCUACAUUGGUGUGGGACCUGGAUGCUCUUCUCUCUCCGCUCUUGUUUUCGAAAUCGGGCCUUUGACUUUCAAGAAUGAGGGUUAUAAUGGAGGUUUGCCUUCUCUUGUCUCCACUUCAUAUUCUUGGACAAAGCCUAGUGACUCAGGAGAGGCAAAACAAACUUAUGAGUUUCUUCAAAAGUGGCUAGUGGAAUAUCCAGAGUUUGCCUCAAGUCCUCUUUAUGUCAGUGGAGAUUCAUACUCUGGUAUGGUGGUUCCAGCCAUUGUACAACAAAUCUCAAUAGGAAAUGAACACGGCAACAAACCUCUAAUCAAUCUUAAGGGUUAUAUUCUUGGAAACCCAGUAACAGACUAUGAUAUUGAUGAUAACCAUAGGAUACCAUAUGCUCAUGGAAUGGCACUGAUCUCUGAUGAACUCUAUGAGAAGAUGCAAAGGAAAUUUGUGAAGAUAGAUCCUACUAACACACAAUGCUUGAAGUUGAUGAAAUACUACAAAAAGUGUGUUUCAAGGAUAAAUGACGUAUUAAUUUUGACACCAUUGUGUGAUUUUGCAUUGCCAAACCCGUUUUUGAAAGACCAUAUUGGAAGAAGAGAUCUUAGGGAAUUUCUUCACUCAAAUCUUUCUCUUCCAGCUUCUGAUUGCUAUGACAAUCGGUAUUUGCUAGCUACGGAUUGGGCUAAUGAUGAAGAUGUACGCAAAGCGCUUCAUGUGGUGAAAGGAAGUAUAGGGAAAUGGUUGAGAUGCAAUACGGGUUUGGCUUACAAGAGAGAUAUAAAGAGUAGUGUACCGUACCAUCGAAACAAUAGCAUCAAAGGGUAUUUGAGGUCAUUGGUUUAUAGUGGUGAUCAUGACUUUGUGGUGCCUUUUAUUGGAACACAAGNUUGGAUUAGAUCUCUAAAUUAUUCAAUCAUUGAUCAAUGGAGACCAUGGUUUAUUAACAAUCAAAUUAUGGGAUAUACAAGGACUUACGCCAACAAUAUGACAUUUGCCACUAUCAAAGGAGGAGGACACACUGCAGAGUAUAAACCAGAGGAGAGCUUCAUAAUAUUUCAAAGGUGGAUACGUGGCCAACCUCUGUGA